ACUUGUGAUUGGAAGUGGAGUUCACUGAACUGUUCACAGAGUAAUGGAGAUAUAAGGACUCUUAUUCAGUGCCUCCGUUUUAUAAACAGUCCUGUAGGUGUUUGUUUCCUUCAGUUUCCUGGGAAGUCUGCGGGGAGGAAACAGGCUAGCUCUGUAGCUAGCUGCUUUGGUGGGCUGUAAGUGGCAUUUAGGGUUUCUCAUGAUAAAUGGAUUGUCUCUGUGAAAUAGUUCAAGCCUUGGUAGCGUUGGCACUUCUGGCUUUGAUUGUGUUGUUAGUUAUAGCACACGUCACUGCCGGGAUGGUGAACCUGACACGGCACGAGAAAGAGAAAUACUUCCUCACCGCCACAGGAGAGAAGGAGCUCUUCCCCAGUCUACAUGAUCCCCACUCCAUAGACCUCUCCGUGGUGAUUCCGGCCUACAAUGAGGAGCUCAGAAUGCCUGUGAUGUUGGAUGAAGCUAUGGAGUACUUGGAAAAAAGACUGAAACAGCACCCCUCUUUCACCUAUGAGGUCAUUGUGGUUGACGAUGGCAGCAAAGACAAAACCACAGAGGUUGCUUUGCGGUACACUAGGAAGUACGGUGCAGAUAAAGUGCGGGUCCUGACGCUGGUGAAGAACAGGGGGAAAGGAGGGGCUGUGCGGAUGGGAGUUCUGAGCUCCCGAGGGAAAGUCAUUCUGAUGGCAGAUGCUGAUGGAGCCACAAAGUUUUCUGACAUCGAAAAAGUUGAAGCUGGCCUUAAUGACCUCAGUCCUAAACCGGGCAAUAUGGCAAUUGCCUGUGGUUCCAGAGCUCACCUGGAGCAAGAAUCAGUAGCUCAGCGAUCCAUGUUUCGUACAUUCCUUAUGUAUGGCUUUCACUUCCUGGUGUGGUUCUUUUGUGUGAGAGGGAUCAAGGACACACAAUGUGGCUUCAAGCUUUUCACACGUGAGGCUGCACUGAAGACGUUCUCUUCUCUCCAUGUAGAGCGAUGGGCUUUUGAUGUGGAGCUCCUGUAUAUAGCCCAGUGUUUUAAAAUCCCCAUAGCAGAGGUGGCAGUCAACUGGACCGAAAUAGAAGGGUCUAAACUGGUCCCGGUUUGGAGCUGGCUGCAGAUGGGACAAGACCUGAUUUUCAUUCGUCUGCGAUACAUCACCGGGGCCUGGAAGCUGCAGUCAACACAUAAGACUGACUAGCCAAUCAGACAAGCCCUCGUAUCAAAGUUUGGGUUGUCAAACCUUUGGAUGUGGUGGGAUUAACAACUGUGUACGUCAUUCAAUGUAAUCAAAGAACAAAGUACCGUAUAUAUCACAUCCAUUGCUCUCCAGAUGUUGUCUCUGGAUGUGAAGUAUCGACACGGUUGCAAGCUCCUCACGAUCCUGCCUUUUUUUUUUCCAUUUGGAUAUCGGCUUGUGAUGGCCACUGUUACACGAACAUCUGUUGCCACGGCUUACAGAAGGCUUGUAUGACUGAUCCGUGUACUGAGUUACUUAUUGUUUAUUUUGUGGCCAAUCAGUAAGGUGAGAAAGACUUGUAGUAAAAUGUGGAGGGUCUGAUCAUGUUUUGUUUCAUGAAUCAAGAAGUCACAAUGAAUGUUAAUAUAUGUGAUUUUCAAAAGGGAGGGAUUGUUUUUUAAGGACACAUGACUGGGUUGUUGUACUAUAUGACUUGAAUGGAAAUUAAAAAAAACAAAAAGUAAA